AUGGAUUUAUUCGUGUCUAAUGGUAGAAGCAACGAACUUCAGCCUCCACGCCAUGAUAGCAUCGAAGAAAUGGCAAACGUACUUCUUGACGACACCACAGCUGAUGAUUUAAAACCCGACCUGUGCGAAGAGCGAUCUCAAAUCGGUCGAGCCAUGGGUGCCCCAACAAUCGUAACGCAAGCUGCUCCAGCAAAUGAGAAUACUAUGCCACAGUCUGCUACCUUGGUUUUCAACGGCGAUGGGGCUUCGUUACUGAAUCCACCACCCACUGCUUCGGUCCCAUGUAUUUCCGAUAUGAUCCACGACAGCACCACUUCAGACAAGCUCGGCAGUGCUUUUCCGAGUGUCUCUACACGUCCGGUCAGCCAUGCCAGAAAAUACUCAGCAUCAUCGAUGCAUCGUAGGGCAGUGAAGCGAAAACCUUUGCAGCGCAACAGGUCCAUCUCCCGCCCCUCAAAAGCCACUAGCAGCCCAGUGGAUGCAAGAUACAUCAAUGGCACAAUCGAUACUAUGCUUGCAACAACAGAGGUUCUAAAACCUACUAUUGAUGAAACGGUUCCCCAGGGUUCUGUGGUGCCGGCCAGGAGGCGCCUCAGGGACAGUACUGUUUUAGGCAGGAUGAAGUCAAUCAUGAGAGAUUAUCUACAUGCGACGCCUCAUUUCGAAGGUCACUCCAUCUCUGGGCCAACUGUGCUCGAUCUCGGACUCAGCGAAGGUGCAAAUUUUCAAAACGAGCAAGUCCCCCAAAUCGCUAGCCAUGGGGCAGUUAGGCGUAACCCAGUAACUAGCGAUACCAGAUCAUUGAGCAGCAGAAUGUCGGUUGGCGAUCUUUCGUCCCAGGGAUGUUCUCCUACCGGCCAACAUGGAAUUCCUAGACUACACCGGAGCCUUACCGAUCUGGCACAGUUCAAGGAACGCAAAUAUGAUUCUAUGGGAUAUCAAGUCAAUUGUGAUGCUACUUUCUCAUCGAGUCCUGUAGCGCAGUCAACACCUCGAAUUCGGCUGCAACCUACAAUUGAAGAGGAUGAGAGUCAGGAUAACACAGCCGUUGAUGCUAAAUUUUUGUCCGAUUCGGAGAACUCCCACAAAGCUGACUAUUCGGACAUGGAUCUAGAUACAGAGCCAGCCAGCAUGGUGAAGUCAUCAACGGCCAUCGCAGUCAAGCGGAAGGGGUCUCAGCUGGGAACGCCCAGAGGAAGACUCGGAUCCCAUUCAAGGACUUGGAAAAAGCACCCGUCACCCAGCAAGUCCGAGUUGGAAAGGCUAGAAGAAGAGUUACGAUGCCAGUAUCCUAAUUUGGGAAACCCCGAAUGUGUCAAUGAUGGAGAUGCUGUGCUACGUACUCCGCCCGCCCAAUUUCCAACAGUACCGGUGCUUGCUGCGAAGGAUCCUAAUGAGGGAACCAAGGCAUCAAAGAGACUUAAGAAUGGGAAGAAUUUCAGUUUAUUCAAGAGAUCGCAUCAUACGAGAACAACUGAGUCGACAGCAGAUAUCAACAAAGGGUCCAAGUUCCCGAGUCUUUCUCUAGCCCCGAAACUCCCCAGACGAUUCUACUCUGGUUACAGCAAGCUAGAGCAUACACAGCCCCCCAACCAAGAGCAGGAAACCCAGGACAAUGCCAUGGCUGAUAGCGAGAUGGAGAUUGACGAGUUGCAGUUGAAUGACCCCGCCUUUGAUAUUGCCAUGAAGCCAUAG